GCCAAGUAUACCUGAGGCAGGCAUUCAGAGACUGUAUGCGCACGCGCACAACACCUGUCUGCAAUCUCUUUGUCGUCAAGCUUCUUCCUUGCCACCCAUAGGGGCUACGCGGAUGCAGUAUUAACCAAUAGAGAUACUCCGCACCCUUGGUCCAUCUAGGGACUAGCUUGCAAAGAUGUCAGAGCUUGAGCUUGAGGAGGUGGAGCGGAGCCUGCGGAACGCCAAGGGCGUGCCAGCCGCGGACAAGCUCAUCAAAUACCUCCGUCUAGUGCGGGAGCUGCACGUGCGUGACUCGCCCACCGUGGCGCGCUACGGCAACAUCCUUCUGCGCCACUACAAGUCGCACCUGUCGGAGGAGGAGCUGUGGCUGGUGCACGAGCAGGUGGCGGUGGCGGCGCUGGACGCACACGCGCUGCCCUUCGCCGCCUCCGUCAUCAAGGCCAUCAACAGGCGCUUCCCGGACAGCGUGCGCGCCAGAAGGCUGCAGGGCAUGUACUUUGAGGCUGCGGGCGACUUCCCGCGCGCAGAGGAGAUGUACCGCGACGUGCUGGCCACACACCCAAACAACGAGAUGGCGCUCAAGCGCAUGGUGUCUCUGGAGCGCAGCCGCGGCAACCCCGCCGCCGCCAUCGAGGCGCUGCGGCGCUACCUGGACACCUUUGGCAACGACAAGGACGGCUGGGAGGAGCUGGCGGAGCUGUACCUGGAGGUGCUCAACUACCGCCAGGCAGCCUACUGCUACGAGGAGCUGAUCAUGAUGAACCCCGGCAACAGCUCCUUCUACACGCGGUACGCAGACGUGCUGUACACCAUCGGCGGAGCCACAAACUACAAGACCGCGCGCUCCUACUACGCCAAGGCCAUUGAGCUGACUGCGGGCGGCUCUCUGCGCGCGCUGUUCGGCGUGUUGGCCUGCGCCGCACACAUCACCGACAAGGUGGCCCUGCAGGACGCCCGCAGCCGCGCCCAGAUCGAGCUGCCCGAGGCGUCCACGCAGGCGUUGCUGCGCAUCUACCGGACCCACGCGCCCGACAAGCUGCCCUUCGUGGAGCCGCUGCUGGCCAAGCUGGCGGCGGGGCAGCCGGGCGCGCAGUAGUUUACGGUGGUAGCAGGGAGGCAGGGAGGGAGGGACAGGCUAGGAGGAAGGGGAUGCUGUGGUGGUGUUGCAGGGGGUGGUGGCAGGGACGUGAUGGGAUGGUGCAUGCGUGUAAGGAACCCCGGGGGAAGCUGGCGUGCAGGGAGGGCAGGGACAUAGCGCACGGUGGUUGACUGGGGGUGCGGGUGACUGGGGUGCUAAUGCGGGUGCGGUGCUGAGGUAGUGCCGACUCCGGAUCGCAGGCGUGACGGGGCGGUGGGGCUCCUGUGGGAAAUGAGCAGCACGGGGCCAGAAGUGCUAGUUGUGUGGAGUAGGGACAGCUGUGGGGCCGGCUCCCGGCGGCCGGGGUGCUGCACACUGAGCGGUCGGACGUGGUGUGGUCAAGCGGACGGACGGAGGCCAGUGCAGGCUGGCAACUUGGCCCCCCUCCUGACCGGGAUGGGUUCGGGGUAGCAUUUAGUGAUGGCCGGCUGCACAACUGCAGGGCGAAUAUGAGGCACGCGCUUUGGGAUGCAGGUACAGGGGAUAGCCCAGGGGAUAGCCAAAGCUGAGGCCGGGCUGACAGCGCGGUUGGGCAGCUGUAACUUGAAAGGCAC